CUUGAGCAGUUUCUAUCUCAUGCAACAAUGAGCGGCAGAGGUAAAACCGGCGGCAAAUCAAGAGCGAAGGCCAAGACUCGAUCAUCCAGAGCGGGACUUCAGUUUCCCGUUGGCCGUGUUCACAGGCUACUUCGCAAAGGUAACUACGCACAACGCGUCGGUGCCGGAGCUCCAGUUUACCUCGCCGCUGUUCUCGAGUAUCUCACCGCUGAGAUCCUGGAGUUGGCUGGAAACGCCGCUCGGGACAACAAGAAGAGUCGGAUCAUUCCUCGCCAUCUACAGUUGGCGGUCCGUAACGACGAGGAGCUGAACAGACUUCUGGGCGGCGUGACCAUCGCUCAGGGUGGUGUGUUGCCCAACAUCCAGGCGGUGUUACUGCCCAAGAAGACCGACAAACCCGCUAAAGCCAAGUAAACUACUCUUUCUCCGAAUUCAAUCAAAAGGCUCUUUUAAGAGCCACCCACUCGAACCAAAGAGAGCGAUUUUAUUCUUAAGCAACUAAUAGUUUACAGCCAAUAAAUGUGUCGGGAAACACGAUUCUGUCUUUAAGUGAGAUGACCGUUCACGGUUUUGUGUUGGGCAGUGACUGGUGUGGGUGCUUGAAAGACACAACUGGUUUUAAUGUUCUUGUUGAGCUCUACAGGAUCGUAAGGGCGAUUAUUACACAUGGGGUAUAAGAACUCCGGGCUGUUGCUGUGACAUAUGAGUAAUAACGACACUUAUUUCGAUACCUUUAUCGAGAGCAUUUUUGUAUUACAAUUACCCAUAAAUUUCAUUCACACAAUGACACGAAACGAAACGAGCUAAAAACUACUCUUCGUUAAAAGUGCA